CGCACACACUUUGGACACACACACACCUUUUCCUGUGCUUCGCUUCCUUUUGCCCCCCGACACAAAUCUACCCAGCAGACACCAUGACUUCCCGCGAUGACCUCGUGUACAUGGCCAAGCUCGCCGAGCAGGCAGAACGUUUCGAUGAGAUGGUGGACCACAUGAAGGCCGUCGCCCAGCAGCCGAAGGAGCUGUCCGUGGAAGAGCGCAACCUUCUCUCCGUUGCCUACAAGAACGUCAUCGGCUCCCGCCGUGCAUCGUGGAGGGUGAUCAGCUCCAUCGAGGGCAAGGACACCGUGAGCGACCAGUUGCCGCUCAUCCGCGACUACAAGUCCAAGAUCGAGACGGAGUUGACCGACAUCUGCGACGACAUCCUCAAGAUCAUCGAGGCCGAGCUGAUCCCCAACUCCACCUCCGAGGAGGGCAAGGUCUUCUACUACAAGAUGAAGGGCGACUACCACCGGUAUCUGGCCGAGUUCCAGUCUGCGGAGGACCGCAAGGCGAGCGCCUCGGACGCACUCGACGCGUACAAGUCUGCCUCGGACUUGGCAAACCAGGACCUGCCCCCCACGCACCCCAUCCGUCUUGGACUCGCCCUCAACUUCUCCGUCUUCUACUACGAGAUCCUCAACUCCCCGGAGCGCGCGUGCAACUUGGCCAAGGCUGCGUUCGACGAUGCGAUUGCGGAGCUCGACACUCUCUCCGAGGAGUCGUACAAAGACUCGACCCUCAUCAUGCAGCUUCUGCGGGACAACCUUACCCUCUGGACAUCAGACCAGGGAGAGGCAGAAGAGGCACCGGGGAACGCGGACGGCACCGUUGUUGAGGACCUCUAGUCACACUCCUCUCUUUUUCAUAUCCGAUCAUAUACGAUGAUGCCUUCUCGGACCCGUUGUUGAUGUUCCUAGUCGUAUCUUGUCGUGUGCAGCCAAACGGGUUUGUUUUGCGCCCGCCGGUGUACUAGCGAGGGGGUUGUAUUGCAGUAGGCCGGGAAUUUGGUACAGGAACGCCGCCGUUUUUCAGCUCUCCCUGCAACGCGACCGUAAGUUUUGUCGCGGUUUGUCAUGCUCGAAGGAGUCGAGGACUCGUUUUGAAAAGGACGGAACGGUGUGUGGUUCUUUUAUCUUGUCGUACAAUCGUUUAGUCUCAUUUACUAGGGUUUUGUUUUGGGGGGGAGCACUUUUUUUUUCCAGUGGGGAGGAGGUGUUGAACGGGGCUUUGUAAAGAGGACCAACUGCCGUAACGGGAGGGGAAUGAUUUGAUUGGCGUCAAUUUUUGCCUCAACUUUCGGACAGGAUAUUGAACAAGCACCUGCCGGAAUUCCUUGAGGGUGUACGUAGAGAUGGGAAGAACAGGAGAUACUCGAAGUGCCACUUGAGGGUGAUGGCAUCGGGGUAAUUGUCAGAGAUGGAGCAAGAAGAGCCACGACUAUCGGGAAAAAAGUUUCUUCCUAUUAUCUACAUUAGUCACUUAAGUCACGUUAGCGAACAUCCUAUUACUUGGUACAUGAGGUGCCGCCUGUUGUGGACCUC